CAAGGAGCUCGAACAGAUGGCGAAGGAGCAAGAUAAAGAGUCAGAGAAACAAGCCCUGCUGCGGGAAGUGGAAAACCACAAGAAACAAAUGCUCAGCAAUCAGGCAGCUUGGAGAAAGGCAAAUCUGGCUUGCAAAAUUGCUAUUGACAACUCUGAGAAAGAUCAGCUGCUACAGGGAAGAGACUCCUUAAGACAAAGGAAGACUACAAAGGAAAGUCUGGCAGAGAGUGCAAGUAACAUCACAGAGAGUCUGAUGGGCAUUAGCAGGAUGAUGUCACAGCAAGUCCAGCAGAGUGAGGAGACUGUGCAAACCCUAGCCAAUUCUUCACGAACCAUCCUGGAAGCAAAUGAAGAAUUUAAAUCCAUGUCUGGGACAAUUCAGUUGGGGCGAAAGCUAAUAACAAAGUACAAUCGCAGGGAACUGACGGACAAGCUGCUAAUCUUUCUCGCCCUUGCCUUAUUCCUGGCCACAGUGCUCUAUAUCUUGAAAAAAAGACUCUUUCCAUUUUUGUAAAAUUCCAAAGCUAAACUGAACUAUUACAAAAGAUCAGAGAUGGCAUCGUAACGGUAGGGCUUUUGAAUAAAAUACUAAAGGGAUAUUGCAAUAGCUGAAAGAGCACUGGAGCAGGCAUGACUUUAUGCUGUCCCCAUAGAGCAUGUGGCCUGCCUAAGAAGAGCUUAAAUGAGCACGAGUCG